AUGGACUAUGAGAAAUACAAUGAAAUUUUCAAGCAGUUACCAUUGCGUGAGAAGCCAGCAAAAUGGCUGGAACUCUCGGAAGAUGGGAAUCUCUUGUUGUGUCCUCGACUGCUUGACCUUGUCAAGGAUCAUUUAGUGAACACGGUCAAAAAACAUCCAUCGACUGCAGACGAAGUAGUGCUUUGUUGUGUUAAAGCAAGUGUAAAUUGCCCUCCAGAUUGUAGCAGCAAACUUGACAGUAUGUUCCGAGAUGUAUACUCUGCAAUGACGUCCGAUAUGCGGAAUAGGAAUCCGUAUUUUUGGCUCUGGUGGUCAAAAGUAGUUGCAAACACUAAGAAGAAUGAUGCUGCAAAAAUCAGCGCCAAAGCUGCUACAAACAAUAACUUUCAAAGUUUCAAAACCCUGUUCCUGGAAGUAGAAAGAAGUAUCAAAGACGAGACUCCAUUCCCAGAGAUUCCUCUGCCACCCGAGCUGCAGAAGCAGACUCUAUCUUCAGAGCAGAAUGGUGAUGAUGCCAUGGAUCAGUCAGAGAACAUAGCACCCAAUGAGAAACGAUCAGAAGUUAAACGCGAUGAUAGCAGUCACAAAAUGAUGGCUCUCAUCGAAGCUAUGCUAGUAAAAGUAACAGAAAAUGAGAAACGCCUGAAAGAAAUGCAGCAAACUCAAGACGAAAUGCAGCAAACUCAAGACGAAAGAUACACAAAGAUCGAAAAGAAUCAAAGUGAAUUACUGCUCGAGAAGGAGACGCAGAUGAGAAGCUUGAGAGAAUUUCAGAAAGAGCAGCUUGAUUUAUUGGAUACGAAAUAUGGGCAAUUACUAACCAAGUUAGAUACGAUCCAGUCAAAACUCUCCGAAAGCCAUGAAUGUGACUGUCUACCUGUUAAAAAACGACGUGGAGAGGAUUUCCAACGACAAAUUGAGACGACUGCUUGUUUGAAAACGACGGGAGUUACAACACUGGAACUGCUAAACACCGGAACAGGUGACAAAUGUAGAUCCGCCGUUUUGGAGCGAACUAAGCUGAACCAAAUCGCGGGAGGGUCUGCGGCGGUAAGCGGAGCUGAGUUUAUGCAAAUACCGAUGGAUCAAACUGAGAACACUUUUCAUCAGACUGUUAAACAAGUCAAUCAACAUGAAAGUGUCUGGGAAGAUCCGGAGAAUCCAGGCUCUAAAAUGGCACCGAAAAACAAGACAGCUCUCACAAGUUUCAAUGAUGCAUCCAGAAAGCAACGAGCUUUUGGUCCGAAGAAGGUUGAGAUUAUGACUAAGACGGAGUGCAAUAACGAUGACACCUCAACGCCAGAUACCUCGCCGAUGCUAGCUCCUAAGUUGCAACCCCCCAAGUUUACCUCCACGCCCUUCGAGAAAGGGCUGGAUCAAUGUAACAAUGAUAUGCCUACCUUGAAUGUGAGUGUGAUACCUCGCGGCUACUCUCUCAGCGCAGGAGGCAGUGACCAGAAUAGAUGCUCGUUGUCCACUGUUGCGGAAGAGGAGAACGAACAUGGCCAUGUCAUGAGGAGCACGAAUGGUAAUAUGCAGCAGCAGCAGCAGAACUGCCGUUCUUCUACUUCGUCUUCGCCUACUAUUGAGUGUUUGCUGGGAAGUCUACAAGAUCCCUUCUCGACUGAAGCCCUCGAAUUCUACUUCCGUAAGCUCAAUUUUCCUGCUUCGGGCGAGGGAAUCCGAAAGGUGCGAGUGUUCAACAAAUACAUGCCACAAUGGGUUCCAGGCAAGGAGACCAACUGCGGCCUCAACUGCUCCUUCAUGGCUGGACAUUUCAUAGACAGUGGCAAGUUUGGGAAGGUGUUCAAACUGGAGGACGCUAAGGGCGCCUAUGCGGCCAAGAUGCAGUCUCCCCCUUUUCCCUGGGAGAUCUGCAUUAUGCAACUGCUGAGGGAUAGACUGAAUGAUUUGAACCUGGUUUUCGAUUUGAAAAUUAACAUACAAGAGCCUAGGUCGUUCUAUAGUUUCAAAGAUGGAGGGAUCCUCGUGUCCAAGCUAUACAAUGAACCCACAAUGCUGUCUUUCCAGAACAAUCUAAGCAAGAAAAAAUUGGUCCUUACAGAGGUCGAAUUGAUCAUUCUACUAGUUGAACUGAUAUUGAUAAUGGAGAACAUGCACAAGGUCGAUAUCAUCCACGGAGACUUGAAGCCAGAUAACAUCAUGAUGAGGGUGCCAAACAGUCUGCCGCAAAAUAGAAAAGAGUUCUUUACCAAAGAGUUAUGCUUCAUGAUAUUAAUUGACUUUGGCAAGGGAAUUGACAUGAGCAUGUUUCCCAAAAACCACAAAUUCACUUCUGAAGAAGCCGCUUCCAACUUUAAAUGCGUGCAGAUGAUAGAGAAGAAACCAUGGUCGUACGAACUAGACAUUUUUUGCAUAGCCGCAACAGUACAUGUACUUAUGUUUGGAAAAUACAUGACUAACUUGACAAAAGAUAGAUUUACUGGACUGUACAAGUUGUACGAGACGCCCAAAAGAAGUUUCAACCGAGAGUUAUGGAACAGUUUUUAUCAGACUAUGAUUAACUCUGCGUACAAGACGGCAAUGUUGCCGACUAUGCGCGAUAUGUUUAUGGAUUACCUUUACAAACAGUAUGAUGAUAAUGAGAUCAGAGAUGGGUUCUACAAUUUGAACAAACUCAUUUGUGAGAUGAAUUGAAAAUUGACUUGUUGAAAAUGGAGUUGAUUUUAGUGUUGAUUGCGUUUUUUGAGUUAUUUGUUAUUUCAAAUUGUUGUGAAAAAAUCAUUUUUAUUG